AAAGUUAUACAGCAAAUAUAAAUUAUAAUUUAUGAUUUUUUUUUAUAUUUUUGCAUCCUUAUAAUAUUUUUAGUUGAAAUAUGAGCACAUAUUCUUGUGUUUUGUUUUAAAGUAAAAAGAAAAAUUGCUUGUGUAAAAUUGUAUUUCGAAAAGUGAGAUUUUUUAAAUAAAAAAUUAAAUUAGUAAUUUGUAAAAAUAAGAAAGUUUAUAGAUAUAUAUGUAUAUCAAUGAGAAAACUUGUUGAUAAAUUAAAAAGAAAAAAUUAAUUGUUUUAUAAAUAAAGUAAUGACAGUGAUGGCUAAAAUUCCUUCGGCUACGGAAAUAUCUGAAAAUGCGAAGUCAGCUAGAGAAUGUGCCUUAAGCGGAGACUAUGAUUCUGCAUCAAUAUAUUAUGAGGGACUUCAAGGAAUGCUUGGAAGAAUUGUUUCAUCAAUCAAUGAUCCAAUGCGUAAAGGAAAAUGGACUAUGAUUCAGCAAGAAAUUUCUAAAGAAUAUGAAAAAAUGAAAGCAAUACAAAGAUUGCUAGUUGAAAUGACAAUGGAUUUACAAAAUGUACCAAUUGGAAUGAAAAUGGUGCGUCAGCAUACUAGAGAAAUUGAAAGAAAUAUGAAUGAUGCAUCUUGGUUUCAACCAGAUCCAGACAUCUGGACUCCACCCCCAAAAGAUCCAGACGUUUGGGGACCCCCUAGACCAGAAAAGUCAAAUCUUAAUCGAAAUCUUAAAGGUGGACAUUUAAAUAAUAAAAAAGUAGAUAAAAAGAAUGCAGUUGCAGUCAAACCAAUAAGUAGGAAACCAAUUGGAGUCAAAGUAGCUCCAAACAAUAAUAAAAAUCAAACAACAAAAGAAAGAAAAAUCAGCACUAUAAACUUACCUGGAGAUGGAAAUACUGCGAAUAAGGAUAAAACAGAGGAGGAAACAAAACCUGAUGAAGAAAUUACUGAUGAAGAAAAACGUUUUGAGCCGAAUAAUCAUAUUGAAGCAGAAUUAGUAGAUAUUUUAGAACGAGAUAUACUACAGAAGAAUCCUAAUAUACAUUGGGAUGAUAUUGCUGACUUACAUGAUGCCAAACGUUUACUAGAAGAAGCAGUUGUAUUACCAAUGUGGAUGCCAGAUUAUUUUAAAGGAAUCAGAAGACCUUGGAAAGGUGUACUUAUGGUGGGCCCACCAGGAACUGGUAAAACAAUGCUGGCUAAGGCUGUGGCAACCGAAUGUGGAACUACAUUUUUUAAUGUUUCAUCAUCGACGUUAACAUCGAAAUAUCGCGGGGAAUCAGAAAAAAUGGUUCGACUGUUGUUUGAAAUGGCAAGAUUUUAUGCCCCAAGUACAAUAUUUAUUGAUGAAAUUGAUUCACUUUGCUCAAGACGUGGUUCUGAAUCAGAGCAUGAAGCUUCAAGGCGAGUUAAAUCAGAAUUGCUAGUUCAAAUGGAUGGUGUUGGUAGUGAAGAAGCCGCGAAAGUUGUAAUGGUUUUAGCCGCAACAAAUUUUCCAUGGGACAUUGACGAGGCUCUCAGACGUCGAUUAGAAAAAAGGAUAUAUAUACCUUUGCCAAAUGAUGAAGGUCGCGAGGCUUUAUUAAAAAUUAACUUGAGAGAGGUUAAAUUAGAUCCUAGCGUUAAUUUAAAAACAAUAGCGAAAAAGUUAGAUGGAUAUUCGGGAGCAGAUAUUACGAAUGUGUGUCGUGAUGCUAGUAUGAUGUCAAUGCGUAGAAAAAUCGCUGGUCUUAAACCAGAACAAAUAAAGCAAUUAGCUAAAGAAGAAAUUGAUUUACCAGUUUCAACACAAGAUUUUUUGGAGGCAAUUGCAAAGUGCAAUAAAAGUGUUUCAAGACAAGACUUGGAAAAAUACGAAAAGUGGAUGAGAGAAUUUGGAUCGUCUUGAUAAUACCUAAAUUCAAAAAAAAAAGACAAAAUAAAAAUGCAUAUCUCAAUUAUCUCAUUUAUUAAUUUUAUGAAUAAAUUUAAAAACACCGUACUUAAUAAUGUAAUUUUAAAAUAAAUAAUUUUGUUAAAUUAAAAAAUUAAAAAAAAAAUUAUUCACCUUAAAUUAUUUAUAUACAUUAUAGCAUAUUGUUAUUAAUAUCUACACUAACUAAAAAUAAAACUAAACAAAUAAA